AUGGAGUCCGGACUGGGACCGUCGCUGGGCCCGGGCACAGGCGUGAACCGAUGGAUGGAAUAUAAAAAGAAACCUGAAAUAUGCAAAAUAUGUAAUGAACCUGCAAUUGGCUUUUAUUUUGGAGUGUUCACGUGUGGGGGAUGCAAGUCGUUCUUUGGUCGUACGCUUUACAAUAGAGCCUACAUACCGGAAUGCAGGAAUGGUGGUAACUGCAAGAUCAACAAGGAAAAUCGGACGUCUUGCAAAUCAUGUCGGUUACAAAAGUGUCAGGCAGUUGGUAUGAACAAGAGGGCCUCGCGCUUUGGCCGACCACCUCAUUGCACCUCGUUCAAGAAACUGUACAAUAUUGACCAGCAAAAAAGGCAAAGAGACAAGAAUACAACACAACGUUAACAACAUGUCGGCGAGGAUGUCCUACAUGAGUCCCAUGUUCCAUGGGAUACCUUCGAACGUGUUUGGAACAUUAUCCGCGCAAUGGGCCUCCUUCCCGUCAAUGAGUACUUCUGUGGGAGUAGCACAGGAAGUGCUACAUCCAUUGGUAGACCAGCCGAUAGAUCUUAGCAUACGAAACCAAGUGAGUGACGAUAUGGAUGUCUCGACAAUCUCGAUCGACCUGUCGCUGUCAGACUCAAAUCAAAACUAAAUCGAAGCUCGCGAUUUGAUUCUCGGCAAUCUUCAGUUUCAUCUGUGAAGGUCACGCUGGUUCUACUCCAAUCACAUAUGGAUAAUAUCAUGACGAAAAGGUGUUUAUUUUGUAAUGUGGAAUCGAUGAUAGUGGGCACAGAGAAUAUUGAAGAAUAUCUCGCAUUGAUGAUGAUAAACAUGACGAAACGACGAUUCACUAGAAGUUUCAGGGAUUUCUUAUCGAUCUAAAACAUUUUUAAAAGUUUGCAACUAUUGUUUCGUGUCUGAUGGCAUGUAAAAAAAUCUCUAGAUUUUCAGAUGCGUUUCGUCAUAUUUACAUAUCAGAAGACAGCAUUGCAUUAAGUAUAUUCUUUUGUGACUCCUUUUGAUCAGUAUGAGUACCUGAAAAUGCCAUUUGGGCUGAAGAAUUAGCAGUAGCACGUUUUUAGUGAAUGAGAUAUUUAGCGAUUUAAUUAAAAGCGAAAACGUUAUAGUUAGUAUGCAUGGAUGGACUUUUGGAUAGUGACGGAUAGUUUGAAAAAACUUUUUGAGGUGCUUGAUCAGGUAUGUUAAUUCUUCGUACAAAACAUACUCGAGUUACGUUUGGAAUGUCAAUUUGAAAUGUCAAUUCAAUUCAAUUCAAUCAAAUACAAUUCUUUCUAUUUCUAGAAUUUCUAGGAUACGAUAUUAGGUGCCUUUACCUUAUGUCUGUGAAUCUGUAGUUUGUAAAAUUUAAAUUGUUAACGUUGCGUUCCGAGAGCGGCCUUUUGUCAGGUUGGCUGAAAUUGCAGUAGAAUAAUAGUAAGAGACUGUCAUGGUAACAUGACGGAAUGAUGAUCCGCUUGUGAUGGAGUCGUUUUCGAUUCGGCACAUUUUAUAAGACGAAGUGUGGUUACUGAACAUGUGAGCUUUAUAAUUUUACGAUAACUAAUAAAUGAAUAAAAUAAUAACUCAAGGU